GUGCUGGAUUUAUGCAGCGGAGGAGAUUUGUUUUAUGAGAUAAGCCGAUUUGUUUCUUUCAGCGAAUAUGACGCAGUAGAUAUAAUAAGACAAAUGCUGGCGGCGGUGAAGUAUUUGCAUGCGAAUGGAUUUGUUCAUAGAGACAUAAAGGCAGAGAACUUCAUGUUUAAAAGACAAUCUCAACACUUUCCUCUUCUAAUGAUAGACUUCGGUCUUGCUACAAACUUUUCUAAGGGAGAUAUUCUCACAGCAGUCUGCGGCAGCCCCAGAUAUAUAGCCCCUGAAGUACUCAGGCGUGCAUACACCGAAAAGUGCGACAUUUGGUCCUUAGGAGUUGUUGUUUAUUUAAUGCUCUUUGGUGUACAUCCAUUUGGAGGGUGGAAAGGAGCCACCUUCGAACAAAUCGCUUCUGAUGUAAUUAAUGCAGAUAUUACUUUCACUCCACGCAACGGCGGAGUCUCCCCUUCAGAUAAAGUCCCGCUAUCUCGUUUGUUAAAGGACUUCUGA